AAAGCCAAAAUUCAGGCCUUGCCCUGCUUGCCAUGUCAAGAACCAGGCCAGUAGGAAGUGCUGCAGUGCCUGCUACGCAAGCCUCAGCAAUUUUAAUAAGAUGGAGGCCCUCAAAGACAGGCUGGAUAAUGAGUGGGGGCAGGGGGUCUGGAAAAACCGCAAUGCAGCAAGAGUGGUUUCUUCUGCCCAAGUUGCAGUGCAGAAACUUGCUGCUUUGGGCUAUAUACCCAUUUAAUUUAUACAAUUUGUUGAUCGUGGAUAUAUGUGCUGGAAUGCCACUAACUGAGGGCACACGACCUUUUGUUGAUGCCAUGAAGAAGGCUUAUGAGUAUUUACUUAUAAAGCAAGGACCGCAGAUGUCUCAGCCACAGACCCAGUCUGACCAUCAGAUCCAAACCCAAACCCAUCCUGACCAGCAGAUCGAGACCCAGCCCGACCAGCAGGUCCAGACUCAGCCCGACCAGCAGAUCGAGACCCAGCCUGACCAGCAGAUCCAGACCCAGCCUGACCAGCAGAUCCAGACCCAGCCUGACCAGCAGAUCCAGACCCAGCCUGACCAGCAGGUCCAGACUCAGCCUGACCAGCAGAUCCAGACCCAGCCUGACCAGCAGAUCGAGACCCAGCCUGACCAGCAGAUCCAGACCCAGCCUGACCAGCAGGUCCAGACUCAGCCUGACCAGCAGAUCCAGACCCAGCCUGACCAGCAGAUCGAGACCCAGCCUGACCAGCAGAUCCAGACCCAGCCUGACCAGCAGGUCCAGACCCAGCCUGACCAGCAGAUCGAGACCCAGCCUGACCAGCAGAUCCACACUAAAGCUCAACAGAUUGAUGAUGGUGUCAUCCUCAACCUCUACUUUUUACCCUCUCCACCCCAUCCCCAGACUCACCCUGAAGCUCAGCAGCUCCAGAUUAAGGCUGAAGUCCAUACUCAACCCCAGCCUCAUCCUCAGCAUAAACCUAUCCUACCAAAGCCCCGCAAAAGAAAACAAGAGUCCCAACCCCCAGAGUCUCCGGUCCACCAUCAGCCCCAGAUACAGGACCAGCCCCAGCCUCAGCAAAUUCAGCUGAUGACUGCCAAGCCAAACCCCAAAAAAAUAAAAAAGGGAUGCCGAAAAUGCAGUAGGCAAAAAGUGUGGCAAUACGACAUGAUUGUUGACAAAAGAAUGACAGAGGAUAAGGCUGAAGUAAAGGUGCGCUGGUUGCCUUGUUCUCAGUGUGGCAAAACCUGGGAGGACACAUGGGAGCCGGCCAGCCAGGUCCCUUCCUGAGCUUAGCACAGGAUGACAUACCCAUCUUUUAAUUAUAUUGACUGUUGUGUGCUGUGAUUAAAACAUUCAUAACACUAAUAACGCAUCCAUAUUUUCUGGUGUCUUGAUACAUUGAUGUGUAUUUGUGUAUUGUGCUGAAAUAAGUGCAAUGACAUAAAUGUUCCUAAUAGUUUACUAUUCUCUUCUUAAAAAGUUUACUUGAUACAUUGUGUGUUGUCCUGAAAUAUGUCCAGUUUAGCACAUUUGACCUUGUGUGGCAGCAGAGAUCCUUGGAAAAAUACUAUUUUGUGUAUGCACAUUCCUUAACCCCUUCAAACAUGGAUCCACUGAAAUGGACAUCACAUGAUGUUUUGUUUAAACCAAUAAAAUUUUGUUUUCAUAAUA